GUGAAAUGAAAAAAUAAGGUUUAGAUUUUGAAUUUCUUUUUUUUUUUCUUGUCACUUGUGGUUCCUCCUAGCAAGUAGCAAUCCCUCAUCUCUUCUCCCCCAUUACCCUUAUCCAUUGGUGCAUUCUGCCUUCCUCUUCUCUCUCCUUCCUACUAAAACUUGUGGGCAUCUAUGCAAUCUUCUACCAUUGAAUUACAGAUUAAGGAAGAUGACAUGUUUAUUGCCACAGUUCAAAUGUCAACCAGACACUUUUUCCAUUUCUUCCAUUCUUCAUCCUCCUGCUUCUUCUGCAACUUCCUUAUUCAGAAAUAGAGAUUUGGUUAGUUUUCGCCCUCAAUGUGCUGUGUCUACUCCUCCACCACCAACAACAACAUCUGAUACUUCCAUAUUAGAGAAGCUGCGCUUGCCUUAUAUUGAAUCUAAUUCCAGUUCACUUCCUGCUUACGCGCCUUCGAAUUAUUUGAGCAAUUUGAGUUCUCCAACUGAGGCCAAGUUCGAUACUGCGUUGGCAGCUAGAUUACUUAUCGAAGAUGAAGAAGCUGUUAUUGCCGCUGCAGCUGCUGAAGCACUUGCCUUGGCAAGAGCGGCAGCCAAGCUUGCAAAGGAUGCUGCACUUAUGGCUGUCAGUAGUCAGCCUACGAAAUCAGCGUCUAGUUCUGCUCAAUCUGUUCAUUUAAAUGGUGCUAAAGAUUUAGUGGGUGAACAUUUAGGGACCAUGAAAAACUUUGAGAGUGCUGGUACUUCUAAAAGAGAAGGCAAUCUAACCGAGGACCCAGUUCCCGAACCUGAUGACAUGGAGCCAACAAAUGAGGAGCUUCAACGCCUGGAAGCAGAACUUGCAGAGAGCAUAACUGUUAGGUCGACACGUCAAGGAGAGAGAAAGGCGAGAAGAGCAAGGGCUUCGGAAAAGGCUGCAUCUAAUGUUGUUACUCUUAAAAUAGGGUCUAAUAGCCGCAGAAAACGCACGUCUGUGCAAGAAGUGGAUUAUUCCGAUCCAUUGCGUUACUUGAGGGGGACCACCAGCUCUUCUAGGCUUCUUACAGCUAACGAAGAACUGGAGUUGUCAGCAGGAAUCCAGGACUUGCUCAAACUAGAAAGACUUCACGAUGAGCUGCACGAAAAAUUUGGGGAUGAGCCGUCCUUUGCUCAAUGGGCUGCUGCCGCUGGUAUUGAUCAGAGGACUUUAAGGAAGCGUCUAAACCAUGGCGUUUUAUGCAAAGAUAAAAUGAUCAAAAGCAACAUAAGGCUAGUCAUAUCUAUUGCCAAAAACUAUCAGGGUGCUGGAAUGAAUCUUCAGGAUCUCGUUCAGGAAGGAUGCCGAGGCCUUGUAAGAGGUGCUGAAAAGUUUGAUGCUUCCAGAGGUUUCAAGUUCUCAACAUAUGCUCACUGGUGGAUAAAACAGGCAGUUCGAAAAUCUCUUUCUGAUCAGUCCAGAACGAUCCGUCUUCCAUUUCACAUGGUUGAGGCAACUUACAGAGUAAAAGAGGCUAGAAAACAGUUGUAUAGUGAAAACGGGAGACAACCUGAUAACGAGGAAGUCGCAGAGGCUACCGGGUUAUCAAUGAAGAGGUUAACUGCCGUGUUAAUGACCCCUAAGGCUCCGAGGUCUUUAGAUCAGAAAGUCGGAGACAAUAUGAAUCUAAAACCUUCGGAAGUAAUUGCCGACCCUGAAGCAGAAACAUCCGAGGAUAUAUUAACGAAGCAAUUCAUGAAGCAAGAUCUCGAUAAAGUUUUGGAUACGUUGAGUCCAAGAGAGAAGCAAGUUAUACAAUGGAGAUUUGGACUAGAAGACGGAAGAAUGAAAACACUACAAGAGAUUGGCGAGUUGAUGGGUGUUAGCCGAGAAAGGAUCAGGCAAAUCGAGUCAUUGGCAUUUAGGAAGUUGCAGCAAAAGAAAAGAACCAAACAUUUGCAACAAUACUUGUACUCAUAAGACUCUAUUCUUGCUUGAAGGCUCGAAACGAUCUCGUUUAGGAUCAUUUGAUUUAGGAAUCCCUCCUUUUCUGUUACUAUUUUUUCUACUUGGGUGAGGGUAAGGGGAAAAUGUGGCAUUUUGGGGAAGUAUUAAGUUCAUAUAUUGGUACAAAAGGUCAUUUUCUGCCCCCAUUGUUAAAGUGUACUAGUAGCAUAUAUAUUUGAUAGAGAAAUAACUGGGGAAUGAUACAAGUAACACUUUGCCUAUGGUAAUUAUUUAUUGGAUUAUAUAAUAUUUUGAGGUUUGUACAUUAAAUUUGUAAAAUUUAAUAGUAGUAAAAUUUAUAUCAAUUUUAAUUUCUG